CCCCGCUAGAGUGACUCGGCUUGUCUCAUACUCGAUCGGGCCAUUCCCUCGAUGGCCAAAAUGUUACACUCGGGCUUCCUCCUUUUCUUGUUCUGCGCUCUACAGACCAACGCGGUUCCCGCAAUCGUUCCACCGAGUUCAGACUUCGAUUCGCUGUCCCUGCUCCGCCCUGUCGACUCCACGGAGCCCGACGCUUUACUCAAAUUCGUUGUGGCUGAACUGGAGCGUUCGAAACGCGAAGCGGGGACUUUGGGGAUGUGUGAAGGUAUCGAGGUGGCUCACAUCAUGGAAAAACAUCACAAAGUUGAGAACGGUAUCAAAUACGAAAUUAGUCUCAAAAUGAAACCAGUGCACAUCGUGACGGAUAGUUGUAACAACAAACCAGUCAAGAACGUCAUACCAAGCACCAUUGAGGACUGCCAAAUCGAGGUCUGGGAAGGUGUCACAGUCGCCGGCGAGAUGCAUCCCAUGGCUUUGCUCAGAUCCUCCUGCAAAAUCCAACGAGACUGAGGCGAUUUCGGAACCUGCGCAUCCUCUCACUCGUCGGUUUGCUGACGGGGAUCGGAGGCGCUGUUGUUCCCUGUUAACCCUCGAUGAGGACACAUAAAAAAGAAAAAACGUGCAAUCGAAAAGCCGUCCAAUAGAACCAAGUCCAGCCACGGCAAGAGUUGAGCCUGCAGCGCCAGGGGAAAAAGGAAGAAAAGGCUUUUCAAACGCAUUUUUCAAGUCGGCUUGUCGUACGACUCUGCCUGCACUACCUCUGACUGAAUCCUAUACGAUGGCUGAGCAAUUUUUCCCGAAUUUUUCACCUGAGAGUAUUCCGUGUGAUUAUUUGGAGUACCUUACCUAUCGGAGUUGACUGAAGUACCGUCCUCUGUUAUCCACAAUCAAGGCCGCCCGUGCCGAACAUUUCUCCGUAUUUUUCUGCCGUCUGAGCACAAGUGUUUACGAGAAAGGAUUACGAAGGGUUAGAUAACGAUAGGAAUAAUCAAAGGCUUCGAGAAAAAGCUGCCGGAGCAGUUCCUCAGCAGUUCCGCUCCUGGUAGAAGGGCGGAAGCGCAUCUGACUGUGACUUUCGGGAAAAACUCGUAAGACUUUCGCAAGCGUCCGACUUUGUCGGCUACCCUCUCAUGUGAAGCACCAACACAGGUGCAUUCCCGAGGUGCAUCUGAGGCUGGAGCCAAUUGGAAGAUCCAAGUGAUUUGGUGCCGAUUCAUGUGGGCCGAUUCAUGUGGCCUGGUUCAUGAGUAAUAGAGUUAUAUGAUAUACACUGGCUCAGUCGGAGCUUGCUUCAGCGAGAGCGAUCCGCCCUCAUGCAUAUAGUGUCGCCCACAUGAGUAUAUUUGUACGGAAACCGGAGUGUAGUCCUGUCAACUCAGCGUAGUCAUUCGAUACGGCAGGCGAUGAUAACUAGGAAUAGUCAUCCGGCUGAUGGAGAAGAUUAAUGAAUAAAAAUGAAAGCGAGCAUUCACCACCAUGAGGAGUUCGAUGAUUCGACACCUCGUAAGGAUAGCUUCAAAA